AUGUAUUGGUUUCGGUGUCUUAGCUUCAUUGUGUUCGGCAUCGUGUGUGCUGGAGCCGAGGUGUGCAAUCCACAACAGUAUGAGACCUGUACGAAUCGUUUCAUCGAGCGGGAUUUCUCGUUCUUCGAGGAAAUCAUCAAAUCGUAUCCAAACAGGAUGCGUCCAUUCCACCCGGACGGCACUGAUAUCGCACAAUUUUGUUCGGGAUUCCAAGAACUCGUGGAAUGCUAUUUAACACAGUACGCAAACUGUGAUGCUCCAGAUGUGGAAAAAGAAAAAAUAAUCCGAGCGGCGGUCAGCGUGUUGAAGUUGCUGUGCGACACGAGAGAUAGGACUCUGAUCCAGAAUGCCCUCCAAAAUGCGAGAUGCUACCUCGAAGCUGACGCUCAAUGCAGAUCGCAUAACGUCACCAUGUACACCUGGAAGGAAAUCCUGAGAUUCGAGCGUCUUCUAGACAGACAAGCAACCUGCAAUGCCCUGAUCGAUCACGGAGCGUGUCUGCUCCAGAAAUACACUGCAGCGAAAUGCGGAGGAAGACGGAUGGAGGGAGAAGGGAAGAAUUCUCUGGAAAAAAUCAUAAGAGGAUGGGGAGGCAGCUACUGCUCUAAUGCGGUGGAGAAGUCAAAAUUAAUAAGCUUGCCUCUUCUGGGGUCCAUGCUCUACAUGUUGUUCUUAUUCAGGUAG